GCUGUCAGUCUCUGUUUUCCUGGGUGUCCACUAGUGAGCUCACUUCUCCUUAGGCACUUCACCAUAGGCACUAUAAUUCCUCUAGUCUGGUCCUGUCUUCACAGUAAUUGCACUCCAAUUAAUCGCACAGGUGCAGGCAAUCUAUUGUCAUUAGUCCCCUUAUAAAUACCUGUCUUUCCCUGUUGUUUGUAUGGAGUCCUUACCCUUCGUGUACCUAUGUUCUUGUCUCCCGAGACUUACCCUAACCUUCUCGUCCGCCGAGUUCCCGUUCCGUUUUUAUCCGGUUCCCUCUUUUGUUUUGUUUGUCACUUUGGACUGUUUAUGUUGGAUUAACCUUUUGUCAAAUUAAUGUACCUGCUAUUGGAUCUCUCCCUCUCCUCGUGUUUUCCUGGUGCACGAUCAUCACAGUCCCUCCAUUGAAGCUGUGUGCACCGUAUACAGUCCAUGUCCAGAAAGGAAAUGACAAUCCGGAACUUUACCAUUGAGUACGAUGCCUUAAAUGAUCGCAACACCUUCAGCAAUGGGGAUAUAUUGGCGGGCAGAGUUAUCAUGGAGGUGUCAAAGGAAACCAAAAUCCAAGCUUUGACUGUCAAGGUGAAAGGCAAGGCUGAUGUGUCAUGGACUGAGUCACAUGGGGAACAAAGUGUGACAUACUGGGAUAAAGAAAAGUAUUUCUCACAAACUCAAUCUGUUUUACCGGAGGAUAGCAGAAAUGGCUGUGUUACUCUUGUGGCUGGCAGACAUGUCUUCCCUUUUGCUUUUCAGCUUCCUUACCAGGGCACACCUUCAUCUUUUAAAGGUGCUCAUGGUAAAAUCCAUUACCGACUUUUGGCCAAUUUGAGCAGGUCUAUGCGUGCAGCGAGCAAAGCGGAAGCAAAGUUCACCUUCGUAGCCAGAGCUGAUUAUGAUCAGUCAACACUGAUGGCACCUCAACAUGGCAGUAAAGACAAAAAUGUCAUAUUUUUUGCCUCUGGAAAUAUUUCGAUGAAUAUUUUCUUGCCAAAGACAGGCUAUCAGCAAGGUGAAAGACUAGUCGUCAAUGGUGAGAUAGUAAACAGCUCCACUCGAAAAAUUGUGCCAAAGUACAUUAUCUACCAGAAGCAAAGCUUCUUUGCAGGAGGCAAUAGAGCUGUUCACACCACACAGAUACUGAAGGAGAAGGGAGAGCCUUUAAUGUCCUCCACCAGAGAGAAUCUGUCGAAAGUAUUAGCCCUUCCCACAGAGAUCAGCACCACCAUUCAGAACUGCCGAAUCCUCAAAGUAGAGUAUAGACUGAAGGUUAUUUUGGAUGUAUCAUUCACUAAAAACCCUGUGAUUAAACUCCCGUUGAUUGUACUGCCUCUAAAUGGCGGGACCUCAUCCAAAUCGCUGGAGGCAGGACUGCAACAAGAUCUGGCCAAAAUGAAUAUCUGAAAUUAAUACAAGCAAUGAGCACUAGUUUUGUUUACACUUUUUUUUUUUUUUUUUUUACUUAUUGUAUCGGAUACAAUAAUCAAUUGUUUAUUAUCAAAAAUAUGAAAACAUGAAUAAAAUAAGUAAAAAUGCUAUAUACUGUACAAACACAUACACACACACACACAAACAAACAUAUAUAUAUAUAGAGAGAGAGAGAGAGUCAUCGUUUACUCACCCCUAUGUUGUUCCACACCUGUAUGACUCUUUCUUUUUUGCGAAAAACAAAACAAAAACUUUUUUUUAAAUAAAAGAACCAUUUAUUUAGUGGACUACACUGUACCUUAAAAAUACUGAGAUUUGUAGGUUUUUUUUUAAAUAAUUGUAUUUAACAUAAAAUAAUUUCUCUUAAAACUCUCCUGACUUUAAUAAACACUCCUGUAUUCAUUCAUAAUACAUAAAAUGCAUGUAUACUAUUUGCACAAAUAUGCCAAAAAAGUUGUACUGACCAUACAAAAAGUGCACAAUAAUGCAAAAAUAAAUAAAUAAAUAAAACAUA